AUGUCAAACUCAAUGCAAACAGCAUCGGACCGUACCUUCCUUGCUGCUGCUAUCCUAGCAGCAGGUGCUUUCGUCAUCUCUCUCUUACAGCUCGUACUUCAAUAUAUCAGCUCAAGUGAAACACAGAACAAGUGCAACAGGGCAGCCAUUAAUUUCUCGGAAAAAGAUGUUACGCACAAGUGGUCAUUCAGAAGUUGGAAACUAAAAGUUUACUAUCCUGAACUUGACAUGUCGUGCUUCAGAAUUCUAGAAGCCAUGCAAGAUGCUUGGGAAUAUGGAAUAGACUACUCUAACAUCAAAGACUUUGCCUAUGAGCAGGGGAUGUGGUGGCACAUUCUCCAUGCUGAUGAUGAGCCAGGAUGGCGGAACAUAAGUGAUGAGUUGACCGCGUUGGCCAAAGACUCGGAUCAAGGGAACUAUAAGAACUACUCCCUUAUCAAAGAUUCAGAACUCAGAUGGCGAAAAAGGCUACGAUUUUGGUGGUGGAGGUAUCGCCAUCCGCUCAAACUCAUGCGUCGUCCGCGAGCUUCUUGGUCGCAAAUUAUAACAGCUUUUGGUAUUAGAAAUACCAAAUUACUGAAGCGGCGAGUAAUAGACGCAGAUACUAUCCCUGCUAGUAUGGACGUGCCGUUCCAAUAUGUUGAGCUAUCUCAGCUGGGUAGGCUCUGUGUAGUAAUGGGAUUCAAAGACAUUAUCAUCGACCCUGUGGAUCGGAACUUCUAUGCAACUGGACCAUCAAGAACUAUUACCACGCAAGAGAUUCCAACCUUUGGGAAAGUCCUUCGUUUCGAUGGCGAUACAUUCGCAAUCAAUUAUACAGUGGUUCGAGCGAAUAGUGUGGAAUGGAUGGGUACUAUGGCAAACAUAAGCUGUGGCGCAAUGUUUUUCGGAAGAUAUAUGUGUGGGCAUCUGGUUCAUCUUCCAAUUGAUCUUUUAGCGGAAGCGAUCGGCCUUGAUUCAUCCAUAUCUAAAUUCGACGAAGAUAUCAAAAAAUUCAUCGAAUCAGAUGAGGAUGUGGAAGACGGAUUUGCCGGGAAUCUGCUCAAAGAGGCCCAUAAUUUUCAAGAUCUUAUGACAGGGCUGCAGAAGUCUCAGAAUUGUGGUGACUUAUCCCCUGAGUACCCAGUAAGACCUUCAGCUUUGAUCAUCAUAGGAACCUAA